AUGGUGGGCCAACGUGCCUUCUUGCUGUCUCUAUGCCAGCUUGCGCUGGCACAUGGGCUCAGCGAUCAGCAGCACGGCCACCCCUACCCCGUGCCAGCCAUCUGCACGCGAUCAAGGUUCUGCAAGGAGUACUGUGAGGGGAGCGAAAGCUCUCUGGCGUGGGACAGCGCCACCUGCUUGGAUGUCUGCUACAGCGACGAUGGCUACAAGGCGAUCAUCCAAGUCGUCGAGUCGGAGAUCUGCCCCAACGAGAUUUCCCAAGUUAACAAAAAGGCGAAAGUCAUCUGCAAGAAUGGAUUUUGCAAGAUUCCAAGCAGGAGGGGCGCAUGCUUCUCAAACAACCAGAAAUGUCCGAAAGCCCUAAAGGACCCAAACGGCCUCGGUGGCCUCUUGCAAGCAUACUGCCAGAGUUGCGGCGGAGGCCCGCCGCCAACAGAGCCCCCCACCGCUCCCCCUACCACAGAAGCGCCCACGGCCCCCCCUACCACAGAAGCGCCCACCACCACAACCACCACCACCACGACCACAACCACUACCACCACCACGACCACCACCACCACCACAACAACAACUACGACCACCACUGAAGAGCCAACAAUCACCACGGAGGACGCAACCACAACGGAGGAGGAGGAGGAGACCACUACGCCCUCCGGGGUAACUACGACCGGUGCACCAGGAGGUGACCCUAUCUGCGAAGAUGACGG